UCAUGGCUCGCCGCGCCGCCGCCGUGCUCGUGCUCUGCCUGCUGACGGGCGCCGAGUACCUGGACCGUCGUCACGAUGACGUGUACCGGCGCUGGCGCGGCCUCCGAUACGGCUGCCGAUGUGACCCGGCCGGCUCGGUCAGCACCAGCUGCGACAUCCGGACUGGACAGUGCACGUGCCACCCGUACGUGACCGGCGACUCCUGCGACCGCUGCCAG